AUGGAAGUAAAUAAGGAUAAUUGUAUUUGGGUAUCAAAUAUCAAUAUAACAGCAUCCGAAGAUGAUGUUACAAAGUUAUUCAAGAUGUGUGGAAAGAUUAAAUACUCUUCUUUAAAGACAUUGAAUACAAAUAAUUUUAAAGAUGCUUUAAUAGAGUUUGAGAACAACUUACCUGUUGAUAGUUCAUUACUUCUAAACGGAGUACUUAUAAAUAAUACCCAUAUUAUAGUAUCAAAGGAGAUACCAAAGGAGAUAUUCUCACAGUUGUAUAAACAACAAUUGGUAAAUGAGGGCCAAGGAAGUGUGGACGAUACCAUCGAGACUAAAGAACAGGAUAAAGUCAGUCUGGAGAAAGAUGAAGAGAAGGAUGAAGAAGACCCACUCGACGAGGAAAAGAGUGAAGAAUCAGAUGCCACUGUAGAGAUGUUAGAAGACAUCCUCUCGACUGGAAUGGUAAUAUCUCAAGAGUUCCUAAGUCAGGCCAAAGAGUUGAAUGACAAGUAUAAGUUCAAGGAUAGGACAUUAAAGUAUAUUGGCGGAAUGAUAACCAAUUGGGGCAAGAAGGCCAAUGAUAUAGUUACAAGAGGAGUAGAUGUAGAC